AUGGUUCAACAAGUUCCAGAAAACAUAAGUUUUCCCAAUGAGGAAGAGAAGAUAUUGAAGCUAUGGAAACACCUUAAUUGUUUUCAGGAAUGCUUAAAGCAAUCAAAGAACAGACCUAGGUUUAACUUCUACGAUGGCCCUCCGUUUGCUACUGGGCUUCCCCACUAUGGCCAUAUCCUAGCAGGAACCAUCAAAGACAUUGUCACCAGAUUUGCUCACCAGAGUGGUUUUCACGUUGACAGAAGAUUUGGCUGGGAUUGCCACGGCUUACCUGUCGAGUAUGAGAUUGACAAGACCUUGGGCAUUAAAGGGCCAGAGGACGUGGCCAAGAUGGGGAUUGAAGAGUACAACAACCAGUGCAGAGGAAUUGUGAUGAGAUAUGCUCAGGAGUGGGAGUUCAGUGUUACCAGAUUAGGACGCUGGAUUGAUUUUGAACAUGACUAUAAAACACUUUAUCCUGAGUUUAUGGAGUCUGUGUGGUGGGUUUUCAGGCAGCUGUAUGACAAAGGACUGGUGUACAGAGGUGUUAAGGUGAUGCCUUUUUCAACUGCAUGCAAUACUCCUCUCUCCAACUUUGAGUCCCAUCAGAACUACAAGGAUGUUCAAGAUCCGUCAGUGACUGUGAGCUUCCCACUGGAAGAAGAUGCAAGUGUUUCCCUUGUUGCUUGGACCACUACUCCUUGGACCUUGCCUAGCAAUUUGGCCCUUUGUGUUAACCCAGAAUUGCAGUAUGUAAAACUGAGAGAUAAUGCCACAGGGAAGAUUUACAUUUUGAUGGAAUCCAGGCUGAUAGCACUGUACAAAUCUGAUAGUGACUAUGAGAUACUUGACAGGUUUCCUGGUAUUGCUCUUAAAGGCAAGAAAUAUAAACCACUCUUUGAAUAUUUUAUUCAGUGCAAAGAUAAAGGUGCCUUUACUGUGGUAGUAGAUGGUUAUGUGAAAGAGGAGGAAGGCACAGGUGUUGUACAUCAGGCUCCAUAUUUCGGUGCUGAUGAUUACAGAGUCUGCAUGGAGUUUAAUAUCAUUCAGAAAGAUUCUGUGCCUGUGUGCCCUGUGGAUGCAUCAGGCUGCUUCACAGCAGAGGUGCCUGACUUUGCUGGGCAGUAUGUGAAGGAUGCAGAUAAGAACAUCAUUAAAUUACUGAAAGAAAAAGGCAGACUGGUUCACAGCACUACUUUUAAGCACAGCUAUCCUUUCUGCUGGAG